AGAAGUUCAGUCUACAUUACAACACCGUUUUGAAUCAACUUGUAUUAAAUCUAUAAAAUAUGUCGUCUGCUUCGAAUGUUUCACGACUUUUGCGAAAGUCCCUUCAUGGAUUACAAAGGGAUAAUAAGAAGUCCCAUUCAACACACUGGUUAGAGGCUAUAAGCAAAGAAUUCACUGUACCAUCAGCAUCCUAUUCAACACACUGGUUAGAAGCUAUAAGCAAAGAGUUCGCUGUACCUCCAACAACUAAUUUCGCUACAAAAGAUUAUGAAGAAAUCAAAUUUAACGUUCCUUGGGGUCACAUAGCUGGCAAAUGGUAUGGCCCAAAAAACACACGGCCUAUAGUCGGUUUCCAUGGCUGGCAGGAUAACGCCGGCACCUUUGACACAAUUGCUCCACUAUUGCCAUCACAUGUUGGAUUUUUAGCCAUCGAUCUACCCGGCCAUGGCUUGUCUUCAUGGCUGCCAAAUGGUUGCACAUACCACGCUGUAGACUAUGUAACAUUCGUCCUGACUUUAAUGCGAGAAUUCGGAUGGGAUAAGAUUUCAAUGAUUUGCCAUUCGAUGAGUGCUAUAAAUGGAUUCGUAUUCAGUUCCUUAUAUCCAGAUAAAUGUGACAUGUACAUUGCUCUGGAUAUCCUUAAACCAUUUUUGCGUUCAAAAGAAGUACUCAUUAGUACUGUUGGCGAGCGUCUAGAAACACUACUCAAAGUAAACGAAAGAAAUCGCAGCAACAAACAGCCACCUAGUUAUGAUUUUGAUGAAUUAGUAGAGAAGUUGCAUGAAGGAUCUGGGAAAUCAAUCAACAAAGACUGUUGUCAGUUUAUACUAAACAGGAAUAUUAAACCUUCUGCCAAUGAUCCAACAAAAUUUAGUUUUACUCGAGAUGAUCGAUUGAAGUCUUUGUUGUUUUAUGCCCUACCACAGGAAUUAGUUUGUGAUAUGGCACAAAGAAUCACCUGCCCGCAUUUAUUCAUCAAAGCUCUACGAGCACCUUACUAUGAGGAUAAAUCAAAUUAUGACGAAGUGAUAAAUGUACUGACACAAAAACCAAAUUUUGAAUAUCACCAAAUAGAUGGAACACAUCAUGUGCAUUUGAAUGAACCAGAAAGAAUAGCUGAUAUUAUAAAUCCAUUUAUUAACAAACAUAGGCCACAAUAAAAUUAGAUUUUAAGAUUAUUUAUUUAUUAA